AUGGUGCUGGCGGAGCUUGGCCAGCAGAUAUCGGGCGCUCUGAGGAACCUUCAGAGCGCCACGAUUGUGGAUGAGGCCGUGGUGGGGGAGUGCGUGAAGUCAGUGUGCCGGGCCUUGCUGCUGGCCGAUGUGCAGCUGCGGGUAGUCCAAGACUUUCGGCGCAAAGUGACUCAGCAGAUUAAUGCGCAGAUACAGCAGAGCAGCACUGGCAGCAACGGUAGUGGUGCUGGUGGCGGCAGCAGCAGCAACAGAAAGAAAGGAGCUGCAGCUGGGAGCUCAAAGGCUUUCGAUGCGGUGAGCGGCACAGCAGGACCCUCCGGCCCUCAAGGAGAUGUCAUGGCGGAGGUUUACCUACAGGCAGCCUCAGCGGGCGUCAAUACGAGGCGCAUUAUUCAGAAGUGCGUUGUCAACGAGCUGGUAUCCUUGGUGACGCCUGAAAAGACUCCGCGGCCCUUGAAGAAGGGCAGCUGCAACGUUGUCAUGUUUGUCGGCCUUCAAGGUUCCGGCAAAACCACAACUUGCACCAAAUAUGCGCUUCAUUAUCAACGAAAAGGGUGGCGCACUGCGUUGGUGUGCGCGGACACGUUUAGAGCAGGUGCCUUUGACCAGUUGAAGCAAAACGCGACGAAGGCGAGAAUUCCCUUUUACGGCAGCUACACAGAGGCGGAUCCCGUGAAGAUAGCGGAGGAGGGCGUGACCCAGUUCAAGGAGGAGCGCUACGAUCUGAUUGUUGUGGACACCUCCGGAAGGCACAGACAGGAGGCUGCGCUGUUUGAGGAAAUGCAGCAAGUGGCAGACGCAGUGAACCCCGAUGAAAUCGUAUUUGUAGUCGACUCGCACAUCGGGCAGGCCUGCUACGAUCAGGCUGCAGCUUUUUCUGCAAGUGUGUCCGUCGGGAGCGUCAUCAUUACCAAGUUGGACGGGCACGCGAAAGGAGGCGGCGCGCUCUCGGCAGUUGCUGCUACGGGGGCCCCCAUCAUCUUCUUGGGUAGCGGGGAGCACUUUGACGACUUUGAGGCCUUCGACGCCAACUCCUUCGUCUCCAGGCUUCUGGGGUUUGGCGACGUUGGCGGCCUGGUAAAUAGUUUAAAGGAGGUGAUUUCGACGGAGAAGCAGCAGGAGUUGAUGGAGAGAAUAGCAAAGGGGAAGUUUACGCUGCAGGACAUGUAUGAUCAGUUUCAAAACGUUCUCAAGAUGGGCCCUCUCAGCAAGGUGAUGAGCAUGAUUCCAGGCCUCGGAGCGAACCUCAUUCCUAAGGGUGAAGAGCGGCUUGCGGCUCGGCGAAUUAAGCGACUGACUUGCGCGAUGGAUUCGAUGACAAAGGAAGAACUGUCUUGCGAGAAACCCUUUACGGACUCGCGGAUGAGGCGGGUUGCACAUGGCUCUGGCACAUCUGUGGCCGAAGUAAAACUUCUCCUAGAUCAGCACAAACAGUUUAGCAAGAUGAUAAGCAAGAUGGGGAAAGUAGGCCUCACUAAGGAGGCUGCACUGCAGAAUUUAUCGAGGAAUCCUCAGCAGCUGCUUAGCAGGAUGCAGGCGGCCAUCGACCCGAGGGUUCUAAGGCAAAUGGGAGGCGCAGGAAAUGUCAUGAACAUCCUGAAAGAACUCCAGUCGGGCGAAAUGGGAGACAUGCAGGAGAUGAUGCGACAGUUUGGGGCUUUUGGGGGGAGGUAG